AUGGAGAAAAUGUUGGUCCAAAUCAAUGGUGUUACUUAUAAGAUUCAUGAGCUUCUUCCGGCGAUUAACGAUGAACAUGGAGGUGUUAUUCUAAAAGUUGAGACUCCAAUGGAACCUAAUGUCUUUCAUUACAUGCUUAAACAUUCGAUAACAGAGUGGAAGAUGCAGGGAAAGAAGGGUGUAUGGAUUAAAAUCCCUAUUGAACUUGCAAAUUUGGUUCAGAUUGUAGUAAAGGAAGGGUUUUGGUAUCAUCAUGCAGAACCUGAUUACUUGAUGCUUGUGCAUUGGAUUGCUGAUAGUGAGAGUACUAUACCUGCAAAUGCCUCACACAAAGUCAGCAUUGGUGCUAUUGUACUCAAUCACAAAAGAGAGUUGCUUGUUGUUCAAGAGAAUAUUGGCAGAUUAAAAGGAAGUGGUAUCUGGAAGAUCCCUACUGGUACUCUUGAGGAGGGUGAGAGUAUAUUUGAAGGUGCAAUAAGGGAGCUAAAAGAAGAAACAGGAAUUGACACAGAAUUUAUGGAAGUGCUUGCAUUCAGGCAAAUACCCAAGUCAUUUUUUAACAAGUCAGACUUAUUCUUCCUUUGCAUGAUGCGUCCAUUAUCAUUUCACAUCCAAAAGCAAGACUUAGAAAUUGAGGCCGCUCAGUGGAUGGCAUUUGAAGAAUAUGCUAAUCAACCUUUAAUUCAAAAAGAUGGUCUUUCAAAGUACAUUAGAGAUUUAUGUUUAGCAAAAUCAGAAGGUGAUUACCAAGGAUUUACUCCAAUGACAAUAACAUCAUCAGUCAUUGAUGAUCAUAUUAGUUCCCUUUAUUUUCUUAAGGAUGCUCUUCACCAGGAUUAAUAAUUAAUUACUUCUAUUUUACCUAAUUUGUUACAAGUACUAAU